AUGAGCCACUACGGCCCGUCGUCCAACGGCAACGGCGGCGCGUACCCGCGCGGCGGUCCGCCGCCAUUCCGAGGGCCCCCACAGCAGCCCGCCAACUUCCCGCGCGGCGGGCCGCCCCCCUUCUGUCCGCCGUUUGCUGCGCGCGGACCGACGCCCCCGUUCGCGUUCCGAGGGCCCCCUCCAGCCUUCCGGGGGCCUCCGCCCGGACUGCGGCCGCCUAUGGGGCUCAACAUCCCGCCGCCGAUGGCGUUCCAAGCUCCACCGUCGCCUGCCAAUGCCGGACCCAUGCUGCCGCCUGGAUGGAGCGAACACAGGACCCCACAGGGAGCCACGUACUACUACAACGCCGCCACGGGGGUCAGCACGUACGACGUGCCGACUGCAGCGGAGCCCAGCACGCCCAAGUGGGUGGAGUACAAGGACGACGCCACGGGCGCCUUCUACUACUUUAACACAGUGACGAAGACGACGGUGUGGGACCAGCCCGAGGAGUUCCGCAUGCAGAAGGCCAGGGAACAAGUGGCCAAGAUGACGAGCGACGCGUUGCACGCCGCGUCGGCGGCGUCGCCUAUGGCGGCGCAGGUGCCGCAUCAUUAUCAGAGCCAGAAUCUGGUCCAGGCGCCCGAGCACGGCAGCUCCGCGUCGACGGAGAAGGAGGACGAGGACGAUGAAGAGGAAGUAAAGCGACAGGAGGCGCAGGAACAGGCGCGCAGGAAGCGCAAGGAGGAGCAGGAACGGGAACAGGCCGCACAGUUCACGGACAUGCCGCGCGCAGAGCGGCUGGCCGCGUUCAAGCAGUUUCUGGAGGACAAGCAGAUCACGCCGACGCUCAAGUGGGGCGACGCCCAGCGGACAAUCAGCAAGGACGCGUCGAUGCACAACGACCCGCGCUGGAAGUUCGCGUUGAACACGGUUGGAGAGAAGAAGCAGGCGUACGCCGAGUAUUGCACGCAGGCGAAGAACCGCGCGACUAUUGAAAAGCGUCGACUGGUGAAGAAGUCGAGGGAGGAGUUUAUCGAGCUGCUCGGACUCUUCGAGUCGACUUUGGCUCCAGCUUCGCGCCGCCGGCCGGUCUCGUGGGAUGAAGUGACGGAGAGCAACAAUUUCUACGCACUGCGCAAGGAUGCGCGAUGGUGCGCUAUUGAAGAGACUCGCGAGAAGCAGCAGCUUUUCGCUACGUUCAUGCAGGAUCUGGAGCGUAACCAGAAGGCUCGCCUGGCAAAGCGGCGGGAAGUGCUCCAGACUGCGUUCAUGGAUUUGGUGCGGAAGCGUGUCGAAGCCAAGGAGUUGGAGUUGAACGGUGGUCGUUCUGGCAAGCGUCUGGAUAGUGAUACCAAGCGUCGAGUCCUGGAUUUGCUGGAGGAAGUGGAGCUCCCUGACAGUGGAGGCAAGAUUGGCGAAGAAGCGCUCCGGGUCGUGGAUAAGCAUGACGUUUAUGAUUGGGUGGAGGGAUUCCUGCGUGAACAACGCGAGCUGGAGCAUGCGAAGCGCAAGCGUGAACGUGCCGAGCGUGCUGAGCGAGAAGAGAAGUUGGGGCGUGAGCUCAAUGAGCAAUUAAAAGAAUUGGCCGCUAGCGGAAAACUUACUGUGGGAAGCACGUGGAAUGAAUUUUCGGCUGAGCACCUAAAGCAUGCUAGCGAGCAGCAGGCUAAAGAAUCCAAGAGCGAAGCAGAAGGCGAUGCUGAUGAGGACGAAGAUGACGUCGAACAUGAAGACGGAGAUAGCGAACAUUUGCACUGGAAGAACCAGCGCCGUAUAUUCGACAAGUUCGUGCGUAGGCUUCGUCGAGACCUGGAGCCUGCAGCCACAGCGAUGCGCGAGCACCUGGAUCACAGUGGGGAACCACCGUUACGAGUGACUGAAGCGACGACGUAUGUAGUUUUUGUGGAUGCACUUGAAAGUGGUGUCGGCGUUGCUUUGGAUAACAAUGCCCCCGAAGAGGGUGAAGAAGAGGUUGUGGAAGAGAUGGAUGUUGUGACGGCGUCUGGCGAGUCUGAAAAGGAUGGCGGUGAGACGGCUGAUGGCGAGGGUGCGGACACUAAAAAGCUGACAGCCGAAGAGGCUAAUACUGUGUUGGAGGCUGUAGUGAAGGCGCAGCGCGCGAAGCAGGGCGAUGCCACACCCAUCGAGUUUCCUGCGUUCGUGCGUCAGGUGUACGACAUGUGGGUCGCAAUGGCUAAGGAGGACAGCAGCCGGGAAGAGGAGAAGAAGACCAAGCAUCGCAAACGGAGUCGCAAGGAAAGUCGCGAUCUAGCUCCCGAAGACGAAGAUGACGAGGACCGACCACGCCGUUCGCGCCGUCGGCCCUCUGCUGCAGACGAGCUCGAAGACGAUAAAACUCACAGGAAGCGCCGCCACAGAGGAUCUCGGAAGCGUCGUCGCAGUCAUGGCUCGCCGUCCGUCUCACGCUCCAGAUCUCGCUCUCGCUCCGAGUCUCGGCGCGAAUCAAGGCGCAGUCGCCCGAACCGCAGUCGCAGCCGUAGUCGCAACCGUUCGCGCUCGCGCUCUCGAGACCGUGUUGGCACGUUGCCUCCUAGCUUAGCCGCUGUCAACGUGAAGCCUGUGGUCGAAAUGGUGUCGACGGAACCGUACUCACCUAUCCGAAACCCGACCAAGGUGUUGACUGAGGCAGAAGAAGCCGCGAAGGCGGAGGAGAUCAUUCGUCAGGCUCGGUUAAAGCUGCAAGGGAAGAGUAAGAGCAAUUCCGACGACAGUGAACUCGAAGAGGGCGAGGAGCUGGAGGAGGGUGAAGAGGCCGAGGACUAAAUAGAUAACUAGACAAGGUGUCCGCGUUAAGCUAAGUCAAUGCAGCAUCGUGGUUGAAAGGAGCCGCACCCACGAGACUUUGAGAUUCGUAGGCCAGCACUGAAUUUACACGCAAGGAAUGGGAUUUACUCGACAUCAAUACACGGCAUGCCUUCUUGACCUCU